AGUACUGACUGAAACAUGGCUACAUGGUGGCAUACUUGACAGUGAAUUAUUUGAUAAUCGCUUUUCGGUUUUUCGUGAUGACCGAGUGGUUGAUGGUAAUACUGUUGGGGGCGGAGUGUUGAUUGCCAAGAGACUGAACCCGGUACUAUGUGGUUUCAGUCCAGGUAUUCCAGGGAUUCAGGCACUAUGGGCUUCCUUUCAUUUCGCAAUGAAGAAAAAGGCUCGUAUUUUGUUGGAAGUCUGUGCAGUAUGCUCGACAAGAGAGGCACUGACUACGAUAUAUUGACACUUAUGACAAUGGUCAAUCACCGUGUGGCUAUCUACUUCGAAUCCAAAAGUAAAAAAGAAAUGUAUCAUGAUAAAAAACAAAUUCCUUGUAUACAUUCCACACUCACCCGCCGAUUGAAGUUUAACAUCAAGACUAAAUGAAUUACAACAGAAUGAUAUUAUAAAUAAUCGUUUUUUUUCAAUCACGAUUAUCUUGUGAAGUGAGAAAGUAAUGAAACUGAGAAUCUAAUGUGAUUUUUGAAUUGCGAUCAAAGCAUAUUAUAUAGUUGCCUUCAAAUUUAAAUUAGAACUUGACAAAUGUUAAUAAAUUAGAAAACACUGAUAUUAUUUUGUAAAAAAGUGUUGGACUUAUAUCUUUUCAAGAACCAAGAAGAGUUAGGUAAAUUCAUAGAUUUUAUUCGAACCUAAUGUUUUUUUCACUGUAUUUCAGGAGUUAUAGAAAUUUGAUAUUUUCUUAAGCAAAUAUUA